AUGAUAGACAGCCUCAUCGAUUCCUCCGACUUUCAAGACACGGCGAGGCGGUUUUCCGCCUUUGCGUCGCGAGCGCAGCGGCAGCUCGUUGCCGCCGCCUCAUCCGGUGGAGGGCAGGCCAGCGGGCCGACAGAGGAGGAGCUGGCUGCGCAGCUUCAUGCGCAUCUCGCCUCGCUCCCCGCAGCCGACGCAGAGCACGCGUCCUACAGCCUUGCGGGGCAAGCACAGGACAGAGAAGAAUGCGGCAGCAGAGGCGAUGGCCUCCUGACAGAGGCAAAGGUCUCCGAGGGCGUGGCCGCCCUAGCCGAGCGGCUGGGCGAGCUGGCACGCCGAGCGGCGGCGGACCCGGUGCUCCUGCACGAGCUGAAUGAGGCGUGCAGCGACGGUGUCGCCCUUACGACGAAGCAGGGCGGGCGAGAGAUAUGCACGGAGUGCGAGGGUCGCGCCUCGUCCUCAUCGUCCUCGUCGGACUGCGCGGUCGACUUCCUUGGCCUGGGGGAUUGCAACCUCGACGGCGGCGCCCUCCUCGCCGAGCUCGGCGACCUGCCGCCGCUGACAGAGCUGCCUGCCGUGCUUGAGGCACUACGCGAGCUGCCGGCUGUGUGGGCGAGACUCUCGCCAUUUCCGCCGGCCGACCUCGCAGAGAGCGACGCGUGGGAGGCGGUCCUGAGUAGAGGCGAGUCGAUGGCCACGCAGCGCGGGUGGCUAGAGGUCACAGCGGCCGCUGCGUUGCCCGCGGGCGCAAAGUACGCGGGGUCAGGCGAGCCGCGCGCCACGGCCCUGCUGCUGCUCACUCUGCUCUGUGCGGACGCGCAAGCAGGCCUCCUCCUCCGCCGGCGGCUGGGACUGGUUGCGGCGCUGCGCGCUCCCAUGGGAUUGGCAGCAAGGCAUGCAGAUGUGGAGGGGGCAGAGCCGAGCCUUCCCGCUAGUAGCAGCGCGGAUAACGGCUCUCCGCCUGGCGCGCGGUUUCUCAACAUAUUUCAUGGCUGGCACGACGGAGACCGCGGCGAUAACGGCGUUUCCUCUCCCAGUGGGCAGUAUGGCGCUGCAGACGGCGCUCCCCCCGCCGCCUUUGCCGACCUCUCCUCGCCGCCGUGCUGCCUCGACGAGGUCUGCAGGUCCCGGCUCCUCGCGCGACUGCUGCAGUGGGGGGUCCCCUCCGAGUGGGCGCUUGACCACCGCUCGCUCGCCCGCAGCGAGUACUUCCCGCUCCACAGGCCGCCCGCACCAGCGGCGAACCGACCACCGCCGCUCUCCUCCGCUGUCACAACAGCAUACCCGCCACGCUCCCCUCUCUUGGCUCCGGUGGCGGCGGCGGCGGCGCUUCUCGAGGGCGGCAGCCUCGACGCCGCAACAGCUGCCCUCCGUGCCGCGUUUGCCGCCGCCGGUGUGCAUGCGAAUACCACCGGCACCGACUCGCUCUGUGCUAACUCUGCAGAGUCUCUGCCACAGCGACGCGCCGUCGGCCAGCCGAUACGACUCUCUCCACCCUCGGAGCCGGUUCCAUCGAUCGCAGUCGCUGCCAAUCGUCUUCCGCCGCAUUGGGUGACUGGAGCCGUCCUAUUGCUUCGCUACGCCGCGCGCGCGGGCUCGCUGAGCACGGAAGCGGCCGCGCGAGAGGGCGACGGCCUCCCCUCUGGCGCGCAUCUAGCCUCCCUCUCUCUCGUCUCGCUCCCGCCGCCAGCGCAUCGCCUCUCCUAUGCAGGCGAAAGUCUGACAGUGGCCUGCGCUCGCCUGCUUGCCUUUCUUGCCGAUCUGAGCUCCAUUGUGUGGGACAGCAGCGGAAGCGGCAGCAGCGAAGACACGCCGCUCGACCUGUUUGCAGCCAUGGCCUGGACCCUUGGCGGUGACACCGCGGCGAGACGGUCCCUCGGCGACCUGUUCGCAUGCCCCGCUGCCCAGCUGGUGUGGCCUGCCGCUUUCGCCACACGGCUGGCUCCGCGCUCGCUCGGCCCGCCUCCGCUUUGCGCUCCGGCGCCGGUGAUUGCCCUCGUCGACCGGAUCCUGCGGGCAGAGCUUCCUCAGGUGGAGUCUGCCUUGCAUUCGGCGGGUGUGGCUCCGGCGCUGCUCACUAGUCGUUGGCUCAGCCAGAGCUGGUUGAAUGCGUUCGCUCUCCCCCUGCUCGCCGGCCCCAGCUGGUCCGCGUACCUCUGCGUGGCCGCCUGGCGGUUCCUUGAGCCCGAGCUAGCGCGGCGAGCGCCUUGCGGCGAUUUGCUCCCCUUUUUGCUGCUUGGUGAGGCGCUGGAAGGCUUCGAGCCCGCAGCCGAGGUUGGUUUCAUGACGGAGAUCGCGCGGCGAUACAGGGAGGACGAUGCCUGAGAUGGCAGGGCGCGGGGCGGGCGGCUUUUGUGAGCGCCGGGGGAACGUGUGUCUCCCGGGGAACCGACACUCUCCGGAGAGCGCGGUCGACACGCCCGGGGGUCUCGUGCUCGACUCGUGGGUGCGCGCGCGGGGGACGGGGGUCCAGAGGGUCUGUGACUGUGUGUUCCCCACAUUGAACAUCUUGCUUUUUCGUUUUUGGAUCCGAUCG